UUCCCGGUUCAAAAACCCCAAAUUGGAGAGAGAGAAGGACGCGAGCGAGAUAUCGAUGGGGUCAUCAUACUCCGCCUCAUUUUCUAACUCCACCACCACAUCAGCUCCUCCUCCGUCUCCGCCUUCAUCGCCGCCGUCACGCUCCAAUACAAAACCUAACGGAGAAGAGAGACCACGUUUCUUCGAUGGGAAAGCGAAGAACAAAUGCUGGGCUAAUGCUGACAUCGUACCUGGUCGACAUCCCGAGAGGUGGCGUAAAGACGCCGCCGGGAACGUAGUCUGCAAACGUUUCGGAAACUGCAGUGGUUGUCUCUGUUUCGAGUAUGAUCACAUUGUUCCUUACUCCAAAGGUGGAGAGUCGAUAGCAGAGAAUUGUCAGAUACUUCAAACAAGAGUUAACAGAUUAAAAUCAGCUCAAGAAAAUGUGGAUCCGAUCACACUUAAGAGCUACUCUUGUGGUCUGCAAUUUACGGACAAGGAGCUAGAUGUUAUCGAAAUGGCGGUUUAUGGAGAUGUGUUACGACCUGGAAAAGAAUGUCGCUGCAAAACCGUAGCCGAGCUGCUCGGUCAGUCCAAGUCCAAAGAUGGUAAAGCCGCAUGCGAGUUACCAUCAUAGAGAAAGUAAUCAAACCAUGUCUUUGUAAAGCUUUGAUUCAACUCAUUAUUUGGCAGAUCCAUCGUCAGAUUAUUUUACGUAUUGGAAACCAUUGUUUGUGAGAGUUGCGAUGAUAUACAAUUGGAAAUAAAAAUAUCUGCUUGCACAUUGUAACCUAA